CACACCGUCCCCGAGCCCCCCCCCCCCCCCCCCCCCCGGGUCCCCAUCCCCAUCCCCACCAUGAACUCGUCGGGCUACGACGCGCCGGCGGGCGAGGACCCCGAGGAGCUGCCGGCCACCGAGAAGGACCUGGCGGAGGACGCGCCCUGGAAGAAGAUCCAGCAGAACACCUUCACGCGCUGGUGCAACGAGCACCUCAAGUGCGUGCACAAGCGCAUCGGGGACCUGCAGCGGGACCUGAGCGACGGGCUGCGGCUCAUCGCGCUGCUCGAGGUGCUGAGCCAGAAGAAGAUGGGGCGCAAGUACCACCCGCGCCCCAACUUCCGCCAGAUGAAGCUGGAGAACGUCUCGGUGGCCCUCGAGUUCCUCGAGCGGGAGCACAUCAAGCUGGUGUCCAUCGGUGAGCCGUGGGGCUGGCCGUGGGGCUGGCCGUGGGGCUGGCCGUGGGGCUGGCCGUGGGGCUCGGUGCUUGCAUGGGGCCGUGCUGUGGGGCUGCGGGGCCAGGUCCAUGUGUGCAUGGGGUUUGCCGUGGGGUCGUGCCAUGGGGCCAGGUCCCCGUGUGGGGCUGUGCCGUGGGGCUGUGCCGUGGGGCUGUGCCGUGGGGCUGGCCUCGUGUAUGGGACGGUGCUGUGGGGCCGUGCCGUGGGGCUGUGCCAUGGGGCCAGGUCGCCCCGUGGGGCCGUGCCGUGGGGCUGGCCUCGUGUAUGGGGCUGUGCCGUGGGGCUAAGCCCGUUUGUGGGGCCGCGCCGUGGGUCCAUGCCGUGGUGUGCCCGGGGGUCCGGCUCCCUGCGUGAGCGCCGUGCCAUGGGGCUGGCCCCACACCAGGCCGAGCUGUGG